UUCAGAGGGCCACACAUGUUGCAUCUAAUCCCUACGUACAACGAACAGACUGGUGUAUGGUUGUGGUGACUCCUAUAACAUAAGUGACACUAUACUCUGGAGGAGAAGAGGACUCGGCUCAUGGUGAUAUAAUUUGACUGGAAUCAGAAUGGAGUCAAAUGGCACAGCUGGGAAACACGGUUUGGAGGGAGAUCCAGAUCUACAGUUCCUGCUGGUCGGCGGGGAGCUGAUCAAGAUUCGCUCGAGGGCCUGGAAGAAGAACCGCUUCUUCAAACUGCAGGAAGACAGCAAGACGUUGUGGUAUGAGUCCCACAAAAUAUUCAGGCGGAAACAAACUUUCUCUAUCGAUGACAUUGAUUCAGUGCGCAUGGGCCGUCAGUCUGAGGGGCUUAAUAAACACACCCACAACAGUGUUGAAGACCAGUGCUUCUGCAUCAUCUUCAAGGGCCGCAAGAAAAAUCUGGACCUGAUGGCAGCCAGCGGGGAGGAGGCGAAACAGUGGGUCAACGGCCUGGACAAGAUCAUGAGCAACAUGCUCAACCUCAGCCGGCAGCAGAAGAGUGAGCAUUGGAUCAUCAACUGCAUGCGGAAAGCAGACAAGAACGAGGACAACAAGAUGACCCUGAAGGAGCUGAAGCACUUCCUGAGACAGGUCAACAUCGAAGUGGACGACACUUACGCAGCGGAAAUUUUCAAGAAAUGUGACGAGUCCAAUUCAGGCUCCCUGGAGGGCACAGAGAUCAAGCACUUCUACGACCUGCUGACAGACCGCGAAGAGAUAGAUGUGAUUUUCGGAAAUUACGCUACAACAGAGGGUCAGAUGAGCUCCAGAGACCUGCUAAACUUCCUGUUGAAUCAGCAGAGGGAGGAGGUGUCCAUGGAGGACGCUCUCAAGCUGAUUGAAAAACACGAGGUGGAUGAGACAGCGAAGCAGAAGAAGCGCAUGUCCAAAGACGGCUUCCUGAUGUACAUGCACCAUGAGGAGGGCUCCAUCCUCAACCCGGCCCACAAACCGGUGUAUCAGGACAUGCACCAGCCCCUCAACCAUUACUACAUCUCCUCCUCACACAACACAUACCUGAUGGCAGACCAACUCAAAGGACCCAGCAGCACAGAAGCCUACAUAAAAGCACUGAUGAAGAGCUGUCGCUGUGUGGAGCUGGACUGUUGGGACGGGGCUAACGGCGAGCCUGUCAUUUACCACGGAUACACACUCACGUCCAAAGUGCUCUUUAGAGACGUCAUUAAAGCCAUCAAAGACUUCGCCUUCAAAACAUCUGACUACCCAGUGAUCCUGUCCCUGGAGAACCACUGCACCGUGGACCAACAGAAGCUCAUGGCCCAUUACUUGAUCUCCAUCCUGGCUGAUGCUUUGGUCUCAAAGCCUCUGGGCAACACCAUGCCCACCAACUUCCCCUCACCUGAGGAGCUGAAGGGGAAGUUCCUCAUCAAGGGGAAGCGAUUGAACAAACUGGAUGCUGCCCUCAACAAUAACGUUGUAGAGGAAGGCACCGUGUCUGAGGAGGAUGAGGCUGCAGAUUGUAAGGAGAACGGACAGAAAGCCAAAUCAAAGGUGCGU